GAGCAAGAGAAAAGGCUUAGUGAUACUUUUGAGAAGUGGUCAACAGAGGGCACAGUGUGGUCUGCAGGGACAUGCAAAGUACAUAAAGAACAACUUAAACAUGUGAGAAAGGGAUAUUGUAAAUGUCUGUAUCAGGAUAUACAUACAGAUGGCAGUUAUAUUGAGGGAUCCCAUAAGGGCUGGAACUCU